AUGGAGAAUUACCAGAAACUCGAAAAGAUCGGGGAGGGCACAUAUGGCGUCGUCUACAAGGCUCGCGACCUGAACAAUGGCGGUCGGAUCGUGGCGCUCAAGAAGAUUCGGCUCGAGGCUGAGGACGAAGGUGUUCCUUCGACCGCCAUCCGCGAGAUAUCGCUGCUCAAGGAAAUGCGCGAUCCGAAUAUCGUGAAACUCUACAACAUCGUCCACGCCGACGGCCACAAACUUUACCUUGUCUUCGAGUUCCUCGAUUGCGACCUCAAGAAGUACAUGGAGGCGCUGCCUGUCAGCGACGGCGGAAGGGGCAAGGCGCUUCCUGAAGGCACCGGUCCUCGCGUACAGACCCUGGGACUUGGCGAUGCUAUUAUCCGAAAGUUCAUGAGUCAGUUGUGCGAGGGCGUUCGGUACUGCCACAGCCACCGGGUGCUGCACCGCGAUCUCAAGCCGCAGAACCUGCUCAUCGACCGCGAAGGAAACCUGAAGCUGGCCGAUUUCGGCUUGGCUCGCGCCUUCGGCGUCCCUCUCCGCACCUACACCCAUGAAGUGGUUACGCUCUGGUACCGCGCACCCGAGAUUCUACUUGGUGGUCGUCAAUACUCCACCGGAGUGGACAUGUGGUCCGUCGGCUGCAUCUUUGCCGAAAUGUGCACCCGCAAACCGCUCUUCCCAGGUGACUCCGAGAUUGACGAGAUAUUCAAGAUCUUCCGCUUGCUCGGGACCCCGACCGAGGACAUCUGGCCCGGUGUGACCAGCUACCCCGACUUCAAGGCUUCCUUUCCUAAGUGGGUGCGUGACCCCUCGGUGCCUCUGAUCCCGAACCUGGAUGAGGCGGGCUUGGAUCUUCUCGAAAUGAUGCUCGUCUACGACCCCGCCGGCCGUAUCUCUGCUAAGCAGGCCUGCAACCACCCUUACUUCGAGAGCUAUGAGGGCCGUGAACGCUUACGGGGGGGCCCGUAUGGCGGUAGCUACCACUAG